AUGAAUCCUGUCCAGCAGAAGAUUUCCUGUGUGUAUCUGACGGCUGUAACAGAAGAAACUUCCAGCAAAAGAAAAUACCAACCAUUCAAAGUGUCAGCCACCAGACAGCUAACAGAACAGGCUCGUAGAGAUGACGUUGCAGCAGCAAAGAUUACAGAAAAGCUGGAUGGCACAUGUUGCUUGGUGGCGGAGUUUAAAGGCCAGCCAUGGUUAUGGGCGCGGCAUGACCGCAAGCCAAACAAAUUGGGCGCAAGAAGAUUUGCACAGUUCAAGAAGUCUCAGCUAAAACUGGGUGAUAAGGAAUUAACAGCAGCAGAAUUCUCUUGGGAUCCUAACAAAGAUUUUAAGGACGUGCCAGAAUUUUGGGUUCCAGCAAGUCGUCUUGAGAUCAGAAAUGGUGUAGUAAUGCCUGACAACAUUGGACAUACACCAGGUUGGGUCCCAGUUGAGCUGACUGCGAGACAUGACUGUUGGCAUCUCUCCGCUGUUGAUUUAACUUUGGGUUUGGCUCUUGUAUUACGGGCAGCAGAGACAGGAAAUGAUGAUCUGAUUAUAGAAUCACAGCCGCUGUCAUUUCUCUGUGGCCAGACCUGUGAGCUUAUAGGCACCAAUGUCAAUGGGAAUCCAUAUCAUAUUGGUAGCAAGAAGUGUCCCAUCCAUGUUCUUGUGCCUCAUGGUAGCCUGGCCCUGUCCUGUCCCACCCCUGUCGAUUAUGAUGCCCUGUACAACUGGUUUAAUUGUCCAUCCGGGCAAGGCCAAAUUGAAGGGGUUGUCUGGCAUUGUAUGAAUGGAGAACUGCACAAGCUACACAGACAUCACCUGAACCUACCCUGGCCAGUUCCAGAACCAAGAUUAUGCCAGAGAAGAGUUAAAGUUCAAGUAGAGCUAACGUCUGCAAAUGUGGCCAGAGAGUCAAAGAAGGGGCACAAUGUAUUUUCUCUUCUAUGCAACCUGAAUGGCCAGGUAUUUGAUUCUAUACAAGAACUGCACAAGACCUUUGACACAGAAAGUGAGGCAGCAUCUUAG